AUGGCGGCUGUUUUGGUUCGCUCCCUGCCUGGGCUGCUGCCAGCAUCGCGUGCUUUCUGUCGUAAAGCUCUCAAAAUACGGCCAAAAUCAAACACAAAUACUUUUCAAAUUACAAAACGCCAUAUGUGCGUAGUAUCUUCUAAGAAAGAAGUGAACGGAGUGGAAAUUUACCACGAUGUUGCCGGCCGAGGUGAUCAUGUUGUUUUGUGCAUGCCUGGAGCACUCGGUUCCACACAAAGUGACUUCGGCCCUCAGUUGAAGGGGCUCAGCGAUGAUUUUACAGUUGUAGCUUUUGAUCCUCGAGGAUACGGUAAAUCAAUACCGCCAAAACGUGACUUUCCUGCUGAUUUUUUUGCAAGGGAUGCAGACGAUGCAGCAGGGCUUAUGGAAACUCUUGGUAAGACGUGGACCACCCAAAUGGGGAAGUCCCACUUUUAUUCCGGACCCCCCAUAUGGAGGGAGGGGAAGGGACCGGAAUGAAAAUGGAAUGUCCCCAGGGAUAUACACAAAUAUGAGGAAUGAUUGCUGCAGAGCCCUUUACUAAUUAUCAGUGACAGAUCCAGGGGCCCCAUAGGCCCCCCUUAUUUUUGGACCAAACUGAGGCCCGAAGGACCGAAAAAUUUUUUUAAACACUGCCCCCCUCCCCCCUCACCCCUAUCUCAGGGUCUGGAUGACCCACCUCCAGGGGGGUACUCGGUAUUUCAAGUGACGGGGAUGAUCGAAGGAUUUUUUUGGGUUUGAAAUUUUCGAUUCUGGGAUUUUUUUGGGUACGAAGAUUUGGCAAGUAUUUUUUUGCGUAGCUUGAUUUGAGUAGGGAUUUUUUGGGGAUAUUAAAAAGAAUCGGUAGUGCCCUGGCAGCGUAGUUCUGCAAAUAAAGUACAAACAAACGUGUUUUGCUGUUGUUUAAUAGUUAACUAUGGUGUCGCUUUACAUCUGGAACUUUUAAGGGCCACAAAAUCGGCACGGGAUUUUUUGGGGGUUAAUUUUUGGUCCAGGGAUUUUUUUGGGUUUUGCUGGCAGCCCUAGGGAUUUUUUUGGGUCUUGACUUUUGGCUCCAUUCGAUCAUCCCCGUCACUUGAAAUCCCGAGUACCUCCCUGGGGACCCACCCCUUAUCUGAAGGUCUGGAUCUGCCGCUGAUUAUGCUUAUCUUUUUAACUCGGAGUCAAAAUCGAUCAUUGGAAGAUGUUAUGGGAGAGAGAAGUCUCAUGGGAGGUGUCCAUGGGAGGUUUCUGUUGGUGGACCUUCAACUGUAAGUCUGUGAUCCUAGGGGGUGAGAGCAGCCAGGACAUUUCGGAGGAAUUGUCAUUUUUGUAGUUUUGUGUUGUUUGUAACGUUUCAUAUAAUGCUUGGGAAACAUAAUUUAUUUGCUUCAUAUGAAGCUCUGAUGUUGUCAUUCACAAGUAAUUUCUUGAGUUCCAUAGCAAAUAAGGACACAUAAUUGGCGUAAUAAAUAAUGAACUAGACACCUGUGACACUGCCCAUUUAACCUAUGGUGCUUUUUAAAAAUCACUUUGGGCUUUUUUGCAGACAACCUUUGAAAUAAUAAUCCUGCUAAAUGAAGAAAUGCAUAUUUCAAUGCAAAAUCAUCAGUUCUUCACUGUUAGUUUUUGAAUUUUUGGUUUCUGACAGGUCAUACUAAAUACUCUCUUUUGGGCUGGAGUGAUGGCGGAAUAACAGCUAUGGUACUUGCUGCUAAAUAUUCUGAUUGUAUUGAUCGUCUGGUGGUAUGGGGAGCCAAUGCUACUGUCACAGCACAAGACAUUGAGCUGUAUGAGAAAAUCAGAGACACAUCAAAAUGGAGCCAAAAAAUGAGAGAACCUUUAGAAGGUAAUAUAUUUUAUAAGUGAUGUUAUUUUUUUGGAGUACACAAACACCAACUGUAACUGAUACCACAAGCUCACUUACAGUGUUCUCACCAGGAUUUUGCCUUGGGGAGUCCCAGGGCCCCCUCUUCUGUGAAAUAGGGGCCCUGGAAGAACAUUAGGGGGACAAAGUUACAAAAAACACGCGGUACGAAGAACCUGAGCCCGCACUCCAAAUUGUCUGUUACAUGAAGUACCUACCUGAUCCAAUAUGGCGGAAGAGGUGUUUACGAUUCGGAGGAGGAGUUUACGAUGUAGUGGGACGUGCGUGGGACCAAUGAAAGUAAAGGCAACAAAAUUAAAGACUUUGACUCAUUUGAUAUCAUGUUUUUUUAUUUAUUCAAACAAACAGAAUGCUUUAGUGUUAGGGUGACCAUUAAAACUACUUAAGUCCGUUUGACUCGUAGCUUGCCCUUGCGCCCUAACGGGCGCGUCUUCUUGGUUUUAAUGCGCCAUUUCAGUUUUUUCUUGCGGGAAUCCCGCAAGGCCGCGGCCUGGUGAGAACACUGCACUUAUUUGUGUCCAUCAUGGAGAGAGUCAAUGAUAGUCAAAUAUUCUGUCAUGAUGAUAAUAUUGUCAAGAUGACCAGGGCCCGGUUCCUCAAAAGAUGGUUAAGUUUAACCCAGGAUUAAGCCAAGUUUUAAGCAAGGUUUUCUUGUCUAAGGACAUGCAACUCGAGCUAAAAAAAUACUGUUGAGCCUUUACCCCGAGAUAUGUAGGAAGGUAAAUUACAAAACUGGAACAAAAUUUUAAUCCUGGAUUAGCGCUAAUCGACCUUUCAGGAACCAGGCCCAGAGGGUUAAAUUUACAUGUGUGUAGUUGACCCUUUAAACGGCAAUAACCACAGACAAACUCUCCAGACUGAUCCCGUUCAUUUCCUUAAAGAAUUAAUUGAGAAAAUUUGUUUAAUGAUCAAUUGGUCAUGUUAUUAAUUCUCAUAACCUUUCCUUCUGGUUUUGCAUUAAUUUUGGUAGGAGAAAAUUGAUGUUGGUCGUGGGUGCGACUAAAGGUCAUGUGACUUAAACCCCAGCCUUAAAAUUACUUCCUUCUCUUGCGCCCUCACCUGCCCCACCCAGGUAAACCAAGUAUCAAAAUAACUUAUUUGCUGACACUUUCCUUGACAACAUAAUAAAGUAAUUCUUUGUAAAUGUUUUUGGUCCUCUCAACCGUUAAUUGAGAAGAGCUGUUCUUCCCUUUCCUCCUGUAAUAGAUUCCAUCUUGCAGGAGUACUAAAGCAAUGUUCUUGAUUGCUCUGAUUCCAGAGUCAGUUGUAAGUAGAUUCCCCUCCAUGUCCUUCAGCCGCUCUAACUGGCCUGUAACCUAUUUACUUGCAUGUUUAUUUUAGCAUUAUAUGGCAAAGAAGGUCUUCAAGAGAUGCACAGUGCAUGGAUUGAUGGUAUAAGCCAAUACUAUACUAACAGGGGAGGGGACAUUUGUGUAAGCGAGGCUAAGAGUAUUACUUGCCCCACCCUAGUGGUGCACGGCCAGAAAGAUCCCUUGGUUCCAGAUUUUCAUCCUGAGUUUUUACAUGCUAAUAUCAGAGGAUCCAAGCUUCAUCUAAUGCCAGAAGGAAGGCACAAUAUCCACCUUCGCUAUGCUGAUGAAUUCAACUCACUUGUCAGGAACUUUUUGACAGGAAAAUUAGACUAAUGAACACAGAGGUUUGACUUUUUUACCGGCAUUUUUCUAAACAAACACCACAAACAGUUACUUGUAAAGCCUUCUGCAUCAGUCAAAGCAAAACGAACAGUGUUUUGCUAUAAUGUAGUAACGUUCCUAUAACUUUGCGUCGAGAUUAACAUGUGUUUGUCAAAACAGAGAGGCUUGUUUCAGUAGUAUGUUAUUAGCAACCUGAAAUUACCAAAAUUGAUCCAAAGAGCUAACCUUCCUCUAGGGGUAGUUUCGAUUACUGCGAACUGAUCACAGUUUAGAUGACGUGACAUCGUAACAUGUUUUUGUUCAUAGCUUAUCAUUGGUGUCUGCAAGUAUUCCCAUUCAAGUCUUUGAAAGCGUUUGCGUUGCUUUGGCAAUUUUUUUGUAAUCCCUAUCACGUUAUAAGGAAUAUACUGCUACCUGUGAACUAGUACCAAGUGUAAAAGAUUCCUCCGCAAGCAUUAAGUUGAGCC